AUGUCGUUUAACGUUGCAGGUUUCUCCACCAGUGUUCCUGUUAUUCCUUCAUCUGAUCUUCCGACGGUCGAGGAAGUGAGAGGAUUUAAUGCCGAAGCACUUAAUGGCUUUUUGAAAAGGAGAUUAAACAGCGUCGAUAAUCACAUAGACACCUUAACAGCUCAAGAAGUCGAUGGUGAAGCUUUUCUUGAAUUAACUCCUGAAGACCUUACAAAACUAGGAAUACUUCUUGGACCAGCUAAAAAAAUCUUGAAGUUGAUUAAUGGCAUUCAAGGAAGUAAAAAAUACGAUAAUGAUAAUGAAAAACUGCUAAGGUUUUGGAAUGCUUUGAAGGAUGGGAAAGUUGAGGAGCAUGAUGGUGGCCAGUUCCUUGAAUUAUCUGGGGACGUUUACUAUCUUCUAGGCAAAGAUGAGCAAGGUUCCAAUAUAUCCACUCUGUUCAUCCGUGAAUGUUAUCACCACCUGUGUAAUAUUAUUUUUGAGAAUGAAAAUAUCCGUCGUUGGCGUAUUACUGGCAAUCCGGGAAUUGGGAAAACCUUCUUCGGUUAUUAUCUACUUUAUCUCCUUUCACAACAACGUAAAACGGUUGUAUAUCACAAACUUGACAAUUGUCCGAUUCUCUUCAGUGAGAAAUGCGCUUUCAGUCACGACGUAGACAAUAUCCACGCAUUCAAAGAUUACUUGAGAAAUGAAGAAGUUUGGUAUAUCGUGGAUGGUAGGAAGCCGAUGGAAUAUGCCGCCAAGACAAUUCUCGUCUGUUCGCCCCAGAAACGCCACUACAGUAGCUUUGACAAGCUUGGAACAACUAUUCGGUACAUGCCGGUAUGGUCUUGGGAAGAGAUCGAUACAUGCAGGAUUAAGCUUUUCCGUAAUCUUACUCAAGAAUAUGUUCGGAAAUUAUACAAUAAAUGGGGUGGAAUUCCUCGGUUUACCUUGUUUUAUGCUCUCAAUGAUUCUCAGCAAGAUCUUCUUCAAAGGGCAAUUAAUUCGGUUAAUGAUAAUUUGUUAAAUUUUGUUGGUGAGACCACAGAUGAUAAUAUCACCAGUCAUAAAAUCAUUCAUAUCUGCACGAACAUACCAAAAGGAGAGGAUGAAGGAGAAGAUGAAGGAGAGGAAGGAGGUGAAGGUAUGGAAGAUGUGGAAAUAACUGAAGUAGAAGAUAAUUCUGGAGAGCCAUCUACGUCAAAAUUACCCGCAGUAACUAGACCAGAUAAAAGGAAAGGUGUUAUAGGGAAGGGAAAACCCUUCUAUUCAAUGUCAACUCUAGAGUUUGCGUCCGAUUAUGUUUCUGAAGAGAUAAUGGAUAAACUCAUAAAGAAUUAUAAAGAUCAGUUGGAAAAUUUCGUGAAAGCUAGUUCAUCGAUAAGUGAUUACAGUACACUCCGGGGCGCUAUAUUUGAGCGGAUCGCUCACAGAAAGUUACUAAAAGGAGGAUCGUUUAGGACUCGCCCUUUAUUCGCAUCAACUAUCUCUUGCUUCGGGGUGAAUAAUUCAAAACUAUCAAUACCCAUUCAGAACAAACUGCUGUUCAGUGACAUUAGUGAGAUUGUUCCUAACAUGUAUUGUAUUCCAACUCAAAAGAAUAACGCGUCUUUCGAUGCGUUCGUUUUUCCCGACACAUUCUUCCAGAUGACCGUUUCUGAGAGUCAUCCUAUUAUAAUUAGUGGGUUGGAGAAAUAUAUUAAUAAGAAUGAUAAUUCAGAUAUCAAAUUUUAUUUUGUCUUACCGAAGGAAAUAUAUAACUCUUACCAAGAGCAGGUUCUUUACACCACAAAGAGAACUGUUCUCAAGAAUAGGCCACCUUGGAUUAAUCGUCUUAGGCAAUAUGCUCUGGAAAUUGACCUGAAAUUGUAG